AUGACGACCUGGAAUUGGGUUUUGGUGGCUGCAUUCUUAAACAGAAAGCAUAUUUCUCCAUCAGAUACACGUAUGCUUCAUGGGACCCACACCAUCAAGAAUGUCAAUCCCACCAUGUCUCAUGAUAAUAUUGGUAUUCUUCUUCACACCAAUCGAUUCAGAUUCUUGGACAAGGCUUGUAUAAAAGUGCAAGAUGGAAAUAACACAAAAGAGAUAAGUCGAUGGAGACUUUGCACAGUAACACAAGUAGAGCAAGUGAAGAUCCUAAUUUCAGUCAUUCCCAUCUUUGCUUGCACUAUAAUUUUCAAUACCAUUUUAGCACAACUUCAAACUUUUUCAGUACAACAAGGAAGUACCAUGAACACUAAGCUAACUAAAAAUUUCCAUAUCCCUCCAGCUUCCCUUCAGUCAAUUCCUUACAUAUUGUUAAUUUUCAUAGUCCCUCUCUAUGACACAUUUUUCGUCCCUUUCGCGAGAAAAUUCACCGGUCAUGAUUCAGGCAUCACCCCUCUGCAACGUAUAGGUCUUGGCCUAUUUAUCUCGACUUUCUCCAUGGUAUCAGCAGCCUUAAUGGAAAACAAAAGGAGAAUUUCUGCAGUGAACGAAAAUAAAACCAUAUCAAUAUUUUGGAUCACCCCACAAUUCUUGAUUUUUGGAAUAUCUGAGAUGUUCACUGCAGUUGGACUUAUUGAGUUCUUUUACAAACAAUCCUUAAAAGGGAUGCAAUCCUUUUUAACAGCCAUUACUUAUUGCUCAUAUUCAUUUGGCUUUUAUUUAAGCUCACUUCUUGUUUCAUUAGUGAAUAACAUCACUUCAAAUUCAUCACAUGGUGGCUGGCUUAGUGACAAUAAUCUCAACAAAGACAGACUUGAUCUUUUCUAUUGGUUGUUGGCAGUGCUGAGCUUUCUCAACUUCUUCAACUAUCUGUUUUGGGCUACAUGGUAUUCCAAAAAUCAAACUUCAUCAGCAACAAUACAGCAAGAUUUUAAUUUCAAAGUUGUUGGAGAUGAUAGUAUAGCAUAAUUAAUUAAUGGAAUUACUAUGUACUUUUAGGGGAAUAAUUUUCUCUAAAUUCUCUAAGGUGCCUAUGGCAAUGAUGAUAUAUAACUCUACAUAGGUGAUUGGAAUAUGUAAAUGUCUACAAAAAUCCGACUAAUCAUGGACGUAAUCCUGUUAUUGGUUGGUUAUAUG